UUAUUUAUUCGUUUUUUCUGUAGCAGUAGUAUUGUAUGAUGACAUUGGGAGUUUGGUAGCAGUGAUUCAGGAUCAUGCUGCUCUCACAUACAGUCAUUGUGCUUCUCUGUCUGUUCAGUGUUUCAUUGUCUGGAUCUGGCAGAGCAAAGGAUGCUGAAGAUUUAUGUUCCACCUGCAAAACGAUAGUCGAUCAUUUCCACAAGGGGUUUGAAAAGACUGCAAAUAAAAACUUUGGUGGAGGAAACACGGCAUGGGAAGAAAGAAAAUUAUCCAAAUAUGAGACCAGUGAGAUUCGUCUGGUGGAGAUACUGGAGGGUUUAUGUGAAAGCAGUAAUUUUGAGUGUAAUCACAUGGUAGAAGAACAUGAGGAACAUUUUGAAACCUGGUGGUUCAAGAGGAAAACAAAGCACCCUGAUCUACAUAAAUGGUUUUGUAUUGAAACCAUCAAGGUGUGCUGUCCUUCAGGAACAUUUGGACCAGACUGUAACUCCUGUAUAGGAGGAUCUGAGAGACCUUGUCAUGGUAACGGUAAAUGUAAAGGUGAUGGGACGAGGGGAGGAAACGGAAAAUGCACAUGUGAUCAGGGAUAUGAAGGAGAGUUUUGUCUGGAUUGCGUUGAUAGAUAUUUCAGUCUGGAGAGGAAUGACACCUUCUCACUCUGCAAAGAGUGUCACCCAUCCUGCACAAGCUGCUCUGGACCCACCAAUAAGGACUGUGAGGAUUGCAUGGAUGGUUGGGAGGAUGAUGAGAAGGACACCUGUGUUGACAUUGACGAAUGCUCCAAGGAUUCCUCUCCAUGCAAAGAUCAGGAGUAUUGUCUGAACACAGAUGGCUCAUAUUCCUGCAAUGUGUGUGACAAUAGAUGUUCAGGCUGCAAAGGUCCCGGACCUGGAAACUGCCUGGCCUGCUCUCAGGGCUUCAAGGACGAAGAGGGCAUCUGCACAGAUGUAAAUGAGUGUGAGCAGACUGAUGCAGUGUGUACGGCGGAACAUCAGGAGUGUGUGAACACCAGCGGCAGCUACAAGUGCCAGUGCGCAGGUGGAUUUCAGGAGCAGGAUGGAGUGUGUGUCGAGCAAGCAAAACCAGAAAAGAAUCAGAAUGAACCUGCACCAGAUGCUGAGGACCCAGAAACUGACAAAACGUUAACAGAACAUGAAGACCUGUGAGAUCUGAUUCAUUCCAGUAACAAUCAGCAGUCAGUAUCAGCUCUGAACAUCUUUUUUAAGCACAUGGAAUUCACUGUACAUAGUCGACGAACUGCACUUACAGACCAGCAGAACAUGGACAGCAAGUUUUUUUCCAGUGGAAAAUAGGACCUAAUUCUAAUCCUAAUCCUAAACACUGCUGCUCAGUUUAGAAAUGUCUGUUGUCUGGUUUUAACCAUUUUUGUGAAGUAAAAUAAAGUAAAAUCCACACCUGGC